AGUGCCGGUGCUGCCGCCGCCCCCGGUGCUCCGCUCCCCACCGCUGCCUCCUCGCGCCCCACCGCCGCCGCCGCCCCACCGCCACCAUGGAGGCCAUCAAGAAGAAGAUGCAGAUGCUCAAACUGGACAAGGAGAACGCCAUCGACCGUGCCGAGCAGGCGGAGGCUGACAAGAAGCAGGCGGAGGAUCGCUGCAAGCAGCUGGAGGAGGAGCAGCAGGGCCUGCAGAAGAAGCUGAAGGGCACAGAAGAUGAGGUGGAGAAGUACUCUGAAUCCGUCAAGGAGGCCCAGGAGAAGCUGGAGCAGGCGGAGAAGAAAGCCACGGACGCCGAGGCCGAGGUGGCUUCUCUGAACCGCCGCAUCCAGCUGGUGGAGGAGGAGCUGGACCGGGCCCAGGAGCGCCUGGCCACCGCCCUGCAGAAGCUGGAAGAGGCUGAGAAGGCGGCGGAUGAGAGCGAGAGAGGCAUGAAGGUCAUUGAGAACAGGGCCAUGAAGGAUGAGGAGAAAAUGGAACUCCAGGAAAUGCAACUGAAGGAGGCCAAACACAUAGCGGAAGAGGCCGACCGCAAAUAUGAGGAGGUGGCCCGCAAGCUGGUGGUCCUUGAGGGAGAGCUGGAGCGCUCAGAGGAGCGAGCAGAGGUGGCGGAGAGCCGAGUGAGACAGCUGGAGGAGGAGCUGCGGACCAUGGACCAGAGCCUCAAAUCCCUCAUUGCCUCAGAGGAAGAGUAUUCCACCAAGGAGGACAAGUACGAGGAGGAAAUCAAGCUUCUAGGGGAGAAACUGAAGGAGGCUGAGACCAGGGCAGAGUUUGCUGAGCGGUCUGUGGCAAAGCUGGAGAAAACCAUUGAUGACUUAGAAGACGAAGUGUAUGCACAGAAGAUGAAGUACAAAGCCAUCAGCGAGGAGCUGGACAAUGCGCUUAACGACAUCACCUCCCUCUGAACCCCACACUGGGCACCGGCACCGCACCCCCUGCCUGCCUUCCUCCCCCCCAGCUCGGCCAUUUUGCCUCCCCGGCACCUUCCCCACUCCUCCUGUUCACUCUGUCCCUACUCUAUCCCUUCUCUGUCCUUCCUGGCCCGUGGCCACUGGUCAACAGGAGUCGGCCUGGGGUGUUCAUAGCAGGUGCCAGCCCUGCCCAAGGCAGGGUCUCUUCCAACCCUCUUCUUUAAGGUCUCUUCCAACCCAAGCCAUGCUGUGAUUCUAUAAUUCUGUGUUCCCACAAGAUGAGGUGUAGGCGCUAUGGGGUAUUUAAGGGGAAGGGGUGCAUCCCCAGGACCCCACACCCCACGGGGAUGUGGGAGGAUGGAGCUAUGCCCAGGGGCCUUGUGCCCCACAUUUCCCCCCAGCAGCACAAGCACUGGGGACUGCACGUCCCUCCAGCACAGCCAUCCCGGUGCUACAUGCCAGGGGGGAUAUGGGGUGGAGGGGGGUGGUCCUGGCCCCAGACAGACACCCCCACCACCUGCGCUCCCCUCCCUGCCUUGCCUCUGUCCUUUGCACAUUGCUUUUCAGUUUGCAUUUUGCAUUUCAUGACUUUUUCUUUUUCUGUUCUGUCCCUCUGGGUUACUGAGUUGGUCUCAAUAAAGCGUUUUCUCUCCUUGGUUUCUCCUUUGUUUUCUUCAUGCUGCUCUGGUUCUCCACGCUCAUCCUUCAUUUCCUGCUGUCUCAUGCAGGUGCCGGCAGCCGGUGGUGGUCUCAGGGACCCCAGCACAGCUGUGGCUGUGCCACUGUGUGCCCGGGGCCGUCCCCACCACCCCUGGCUCUCGGACACAGCUUUCCUCAUUUUGUGCCACCUUCCAGACCUCCUCCGGGACUCUUUCAGCCUAAAUUCAUAGGGCUACACCUGGUCUGUCCAUUCCCCAUCUGCGUUCCCACAUAUCACAACAUCCUCUCAGCACUGGCAUCUGUCCUCCAUCACCCUCCCUGGCCACGGGGGCUGUCCAUACCCUUCGGCAGUGAUUUCUGGCCCUAAGCACGUCCCCAGUCCUCCCUGAGCAUUCCACCCGACCCCACAGCCCUGCCACGGAACUGAUGGACCGGCAGCCCUACGACUGGCUGCCUCCUCCUCCUGCCUCCCCUACCGCCCCCCGGGUAGCCGUGGGGUGCCCAGUGAAGGCUCUCAUGGACAGCACUCUCCCUUUUCUAACUCUCCUUUCUCUUUCUCUUCCCACUGCUGCGCUGAUGUCUCUGUUUGCUCUAGAGCGCUCCCGGCAGGAGGCCGAGAAAAACCGCGUUCUCACUAACGAGCUGCGAGUCAUCCUUACCGAGCUUAACAACUGAGCUGCGACAGCUCCUGCCCCGGCCCCUGGGAUGCCCCCAGCCCCAGCUGUUUCCCACCCCAUUUUGGCCAGGCUGGCUUGAGGCUGUGAGCCCUGCCCGCUCCCCCCUUGGGUAACUGCCCUGCUCAGUGGUACAGGGAGGCCCUGUGGAGCUGAUGGGGUUUUCUUGGGGGAGGGAUGAGAGCUUUUUGCCGUGUCCCGGAAUGUCCGUGAGAUGGUGGCUGUCCCCUGGCAUCAGCCUGGCCCACAGGGGAGGGACACGGUGCCUUGUGUAGCUGCCUUCCUCCCCUUCCCCGGGCAGCCAGCUCUUUCCCAUCCCUCUGGUCACCCCAAAUUGAGCACGGGGAUGCCGUCGCAGCAGAGUGGGCAGAGCCCUUGUCCCAUCCCUGUCUCUCACGGAAGGAGGAUACCAUCUGCAAGAGAGCACUGAAGGAGGCUGCCCCGGCAGUGAGCUCAUCCCUGCAGCCUCAUUAGCUCUGCUCCUUCUCUGCUGUCUUCUCCGCCCGCCUUCCUGGGCUGCUGUCUCACUCCUCUUCUUCACGGAGCACGUGGCUCGUGCAGCAGGCACUGGCUCUCCUCUUUUGCAGCCAAGGGUUUGUGCACGUGCCCCUUGUGGCUGGUGGUGAUGGCAGGAUGGGGAGACGGGGACGUGCCGAUGGCUGGCUGGAGCAGUACCUGCCAGCAGUACCUGUGCCACAGGGGGGCUGUCCAUGGGCAACAGGGCACUGUGGGACAAUGGAGAUGAUAAAGAGCAGGGACCGCCUGUCCCUGGGGGUCCCUGAGGGUCUGGGCACAUCCCUGCUGGCACCACACUGAGAUGUCUGUCUGUGUGCGUGUGUCUGUGCUUGGCGUGGUGUGCGUGGGUCCGGCUGUGCCUGGGUGUGCUUCUACUGUGUCUGCGUGUGCAUCCUGCUGUGUGGCUGGGUGUCCCUUGUGUUCACAGAGAGUCUGGCCAGUGCCAAAGAGGAGAAUGUGGGGAUACACCAGGUCCUGGACCAGACCUUGCUGGAGCUGAACAACCUCUGAGCUGCCUGGGGAGCCCUCAUCCCCCUACCCUACCCUACACAUGCACCCCCCUGGCACGCUCAGGACGUCACCAGCUAAACUGCAUCUUGGCCAAAUCUACACAUCCAUUGAGAAGGGAAACCCUGCAGCCUUAAACCAUGGCUCGGGGGCGUCUUGUCUGUGCACAGCCUGAAUGGCUUUGUCCUGUUUUCAUGUCCAAAUAUUAAAGCAGUUUAACAAGAA